UGAUAAUAUAAGCAGCGCUCAUGGCUUGCACAAAGACGUGCGGUUCGCAGUGCAUUCGUCGAGCUACUAAUCACACUUGAUAUAAUCAUUGGUAGUUAUUUAUACUAGGGCACUUACAUGAAAACGCUGAGCCCUACCAGCGCGCCUCUGCCACGCUCCUGAGCUCACAUGAAUUACUUGGACAUCCUGACUCAAGUCUCAUCCGCCAGGCCAGGCGCGAAUGAUUCCGAAGGAGUAAACAUGCAAUGGCCUCUCUGAGCGCAGAGGGCUGUGUGUGGAGGCCGAAGGAGCUCGGCGGACGCUUGUAUUUAUUUCUGCUCUUGAGUUCUUGAGCAGAUUUCUUGAGCAAAGAGUAUGCCAAAGUCACAGAGCACAGUCAGCUCGUUCUCGAGCGCUCCGAGCCGGGACUCUGUUGUGAGCCGGUUGGACCAUGAGCGCGGAGCACUGGACCUGGGUGACUGGGGCCAGGGCUUUAUGGUGGGCGUCUUUGGUGUCUUGUUUACAAUCGUCAAGGAGCGCUACAACACUGGCAUACGGUGGCUGCUGCUCAAGAUUGCAUUGGAUUUCCUGCAGCUAUUCACCGUCGUUUUCAAACCCAGCGAUGGCUGGGUCAUCAAGCAGGACCUGUGGCUUUGGAAGAUUCUCCGGAUGCUGCAAUUCGAAGACUUCAUUAAGCCACGGGGCUACACGAUCUUCCUCGUGGCGCUGUACACGAUGAUUGGGCUGCUGGUGUUCGCGCUGGCGCUGUCAGCGUGGGUGGCCUGGUGCUUCCAGCAGCGCAGCUUCCCGGCUGUCUGGCCCAUCAAGCUGCUGCGUGUGUACGCCAACGUGUUCUACCAGAUCCUGGACGUCGCCACUCUUACGCUGCUGCAGCUGCCGUUCGAUUGUCAAUGGCUGGGCUACCCGCAGGCUGUGCGCAACCGCCUGACUCUGUUCCCCUCCGUGGUCUGCACCAGCGUGCAACACCUGCCCCACAUGCUUGUAGCGGGCGCGGCUCUGGUCGUGUAUCUGGUCACCGCCUGUCUCAACCUAAUGGCCGACUUCGAACUGAACCCCACCACACGCAACCUUUACGCGACCGCCAACUCCACUGUAGAGGUGCGGGCGUUCUGCAUCAAGUUCCUGAUGACAGUGGUGAACUACGCCAUCGGCUGGGGCAAGAUGCAGGACGUGCUGCUGCUCAUGUGCUCGCUGUACCUCACCUGGGUCUACCUGAAAUGGCAACCCCACCUGUUCGGUGGUGUCAACCACAUGCGAGUCGGCCUCAACGCGGCCAUCGCGAUGGUGUCGCUGGGCGGAUGCAUCCUCAAGUUCAACAUGCACAGGAGCCACGAGUUCCGGAAGGACGUGACUACCAUCAUGUUGGCGCUCAUGGGCCCGGUGGCGCUGGUGGGCGCCGCUGUCUCUUACCUGCGCCUCAACCUGUGGGCACAGUUCGUGCUGAUGCGCUACCGCACCGCGCCGCCCGGGCAGAAGGCACGGCGCAUCUACAAGUUCCAGGACGCACGAGAGGUGGAGAUUGUGGCCCGCGUGUGCCGCAAGUGGACGGACCAGCACUACGAGGUGUUGGACCGGGCGGCGGUGAAGGAGGCGGAGAUUGUGAUCAAGGGCGGCAUGCAGCUCUUCCCCACAAACGCCUUCAUGGCCAUCACCUACGUCAAUUUCCUGAUCGACGUGCUGGAGAGCACGCAGACCGGCAACAGCCAGCUGACAGCCGCAAAGAAGCUCAACCCCACACUGAUGGAGCGGUUCGCCAUCUUCACACGCGAGCAGGAGUACAUGCAACGCUCCGCUGGCGCCAAGUCAGGCGAGAGCUCUGUGGAUCUGGUGUCGUAUGUUGAGUACCAGCGCAGCCACAAGGCCGUGAUGCGCGCUCACCGCGCUGCGCUGGUUGCCAUCCGGCACUUCUGGCAGCUGCUGCUGCACAACACCGUGGCGUUCACCUCGCUGGCCAAGGCGCUCCACCGCAUUGAGAAGUCCGUCAGCGUGGCCGAGGGCAUUUACCGCGCGGCUCUGCAGCGCUACCCCUCCAGUCCCAAGCUGGUGCGGGGAUACGCCAAAUUCCUGGAGGCUGUCAAGAACAACCCUUGGAAGGCAUCGAAGUUUUACAACGAGGCGGACAAGCUGCAGGAGGCGCAGCAGCAGGACGAGGCGGCGCUGGCGGUGCUGGGCGACGAGGGCGAGGCGGGGCCGGGCGGCAGCGGGCGCGGCACCGCGCACCUCCUGCACCGCGUGGAUGAGCGCAUUAACACCGUCUUCCUCAUCAACAGCGCCGGCAUCAUCCAGAUGGCCAACAAGAACGCUUGCUCGCUGCUGGGCUACGGCAAGGGCGAGCUGGACGGCAAGAACGUCAACAGCAUCAUGCCGCCGCCCUUCAGCCAGCGCCACAACCGCUACAUCCGGCAGUACAUCCAGACCGGCCGGGAGCGGGUCAUCUCCUCCGUCAACACAGUGGUGGCGCUGCACAAGAACCGCUAUGUCAUCCCUGUGAAGCUGGCUGUGUCCAAGGUCUCUGGAGCGACCGAGGAUUCCAUUUUCAUGGGCGUUCUAGAGCCUAUCGCCGCCGAUCCGCUGGAGGCUCACGUGUACCUGCUGCUGAACGGCAUGGUCACAGCCAUGGACCAGGCGUUUGCGGAGUGGACUGGCUACGAGAUGUCGGACAUCAUGGGCAAGGACAUCGUGGCGCUGGUGACCGACCCAGAGCAGCUCAAGACUGUGCUGCCCAAGUUUGACCCCGUGGCCCUGGUCAAACAGCAGCGCGCCGCCAGCGACGGCAGCUCUGGCGGCGGACCCGACCACGCCAACCAGCAGCCCACCUCGCCCACAAGCAAGCUCGCGCGCGGCAUGACCUCGCUCGCGGCCGCCACCGCCGCCGCCGAGGCCCAAGCCGCCGCAGCCGCCGAGGCCGCUGCCACCGCGGGCCCCGAGUCCGUGCCCUCCCUGUCCUUCUUACACAAGUACAGCCGACCCGUGGAGUGCACCGCGACGCUGCAGCGACUGGGCAUCGGCACGGAAUACAUGGUGGAGGUCACGCUGCGCCGCACGGGCCCCGCACAGCUGCUGGCGCUCACGGGGCCUGGCGGCAAGAUCCGCUACAUUGCUAGCGAGCUGGCGCGGGAACUGGGGACCUCGCCGUCGGCCCUGUAUCGCCAGCCGCUCGGCGACAUCAUGCCGCAGCCCUGGGGAACGCUGCACAGCGCCUGGAUCAAGAGCGUCACCGCCAUGGGACACGCCGCUGCAACCUACGUCAGCGGUGCCAUCGGCGGCGCCGCGGCGGCGGCGGCGGUGGCAAACGGUCGCGGCGCCAUCGGCAACAGAGGCCACCACGGCGGUAGCUUUCCCGGAAAUGCCGGUGGCAAUAUGGGCUCCGCCGCGGCUGGUUCGGCGCUCGUGUUUAGUGACUUACGUAGUUUGGGGAGGGUGGCGGGCCUGGGCGGCUUUGGCGGUGGCGGCGGCGGCGGCGGCGGCUACAGCGGCGGCGGGGCGACGGAGGCGGGCACCUCCAUGCAUGUUGCGCCGGGCAGCUGCCGCAGCGGCAUCACCACGGUGCUGGGCUCCUCUCUGAGGCAGCAGGGCUACUACCGCCUGCGCAUCAGCAGCAACGACGAUACAGGCGAGAUGCAGCACAUUGUGGAGGCGACGCCCAGCAGUCGCGAGGAGGCGCUGAGCGAGCGGCGGCUGGUACUGACGGUGGAUGCGGACGGGCUGGUGACGGAGGCGGAGGACGCGCCCGCCUGGCUGUUCGGGUUCAGCCCGCAGCAGCUUGUGGGGCGCAGCCUGGCAGAUAUCGUGCAUGCGUUGCGACCGCAGCCGCGGCGGACAGAUGGCGACGACACAGCGGCAGCCGCGACCGUCGCCGGUACGGAGGGGCAGCCGGAGGCGGCAGCGCCGACAUUGCAGGGUGGCGGGGCCACGGGGGCUCCUUACGUGGGCAGCGCGGAGGAGGAGAUGUCCACCACUGAGCUGCUGUCGCUGCUCAUCUCCAAGGCCAUGAUGCAGGGCGGCCUGUCCUGGCGCGUGGGCGUUACAGCGCCGGUGGACGAGCAAGAGCUGCGGGCGCUGGGGCCCAUGCGCGAGGCCGUGUUGGCCAAACGGACAGCCGCUGCCAUCAUGGAGAUUGAGGUGUCGCUAGAUACAGACGCGCUGCAGGCGGAGGACCCGGCGGCGGAGCCGCCGGACGCCGCCGACGCCGCCGUCGCCGCCGCCUUCGGCAGCCAUGCCGACAGCAGCAGCAAGUCCGGCGGCGGUGUGCCGGGCGUUGCAACGCCGUCGCUGCAUGCCUCCCGCAACCCCACGAGUACAGGCAUGUCGUUGGGAACGCGGCCGGGCUCGUCGCUGUCGGUGGUACCGCCGACGCCGAGCAUGCGGCAGGGCGGAUCCAUUUAUAAUGGCAUGCCUGGAGGCGUGGGUGGCUGCGUCGCUGGCAUGUCGGCAAGCGGCGGGUCGGACAUAAUGGCUCGUCUGUCUGCUGCCGGCAUCCAGCCGACAAGGCGCCGGGCGUCGAUGUUGUCUCAGGUGGAUGGCUGGGGCCCCGGCGACACGGGCAGCGGUGCCGACGCGGCGGCGGCGGCGGCGGAGCAGGCAGCUGACGGGCGGCCCUCAGCAGGCGCCGGCGGCGCGCGGGGUGGCCCUUCGAGGCCCAGGGCGCCAGCCGGAGCGAAGGGCCGUGCGCGCCGCAGCAGCUGGAUUGCUGUGGAGGGGCCGGGAGGCGGCAUCAUGGUGGUCAGCGGUGGCGCCGUACAGGACGCCACCGCUGCCGUGGCCGGUAGCGGAGGCCGUCGCUCCAGCGCACUCAUUGCCAACGUCACCACGGCCGCCGCCGCCGCGGCGCAGCUGCGCCAGUCGCAGACGCAGGCGCCCGCCCUCGGCAGCCCCAUUGUGCCCAGCGGCGCAAUGGCUGCGUUUGAGCAGGCCCAGCAGGCGGCGCAGCCUCAGUCGCAGGUUCCAUCCCUGGCGCAGUACUUCUUGCAGGCGGCACAGCCCAUAGCAGAGGGCGUCGAGGAGGAGGCUGAAGGCCAGGACGGUGCCGACGGUGCCGCGCUGAUCUCGCCGGGAUCACCGCGCGCUCUGGCUGCAGCAGGCGCUGCUGCGCCUUUGGCUUGGCAGCCUGCGCCGCCACCGCCGCAACUGCCAAGGUCCGGCAGCAUGGGGUCUGCUAGCCACAGCCGGCCUGGAAGCGCCGCCGCCUCGGCCCGCGCUCGCACGCCCUCACCGGCGCCCUUCGCUGUGCCGGAGCCGCCCGAGCUGCUCAAGCUUUCGCCGCGUGCGCCCGCGGCCGUUGGCAGCGUAACUUCCGUGCAAGGGAGCCGGGAAGCAAGCAUGGGCGGCGUUUGGGCGGGUGUGGGGGCGGUCGAUGUCGUGGAGAUCGAUGAGCUGCACAAGGAAUUCACGGAGGGGCGUCCAGGCUCCGGUGUGGCGCCGGCUGCCGGUGCCGGUGCGGGUGCUACAGGUGCAGCCGCGCCUGGCGGCACCGGCCUGGACGACAUGAUUGACGAUGAGGAGAUCAUCGAGACGGUGCACGACCUGAUCAGCAGCAACGGAGGCUCCGGCAGCCGGCCGGGCUCGCCUUUCACGGUGUUGUAUCCGCGGCCCGGCAGCGGUGCGUUCACAGGGCGGCGCGCAGUCAGCAGCGCCAGCCGCGCCUCCGCCUCCGCCAGCCGGCCCGCUGGCGACAGCGCCGGCGUCAGCCGCAUAGCCAGCGCCCGCCCGCGCCUGCUGGGCGCCGGCCCUGCCGGUGCCGCCAGCGGCGCCGCUGGCGGCUCGCUUCGGCGGCAGGCGGCUGUGGCGGCGGCGAGGUCGGCGAGCCGCUCUGUGUCGCCUGCGCCGUCUGGCACCGGCAUGCAUGCGGCGGGCCUGGGCGUCACACCCGCCAUGCUGCAGGAUGCGCUACAGCCGGUGGUGGCAGGCAGGGCGGCAUCGCCCGCCGCGUUGGCGCCGGACGCGCAUGUGGACGGUGGGGUCGAGGCAGGGCUGCUGCUGCCGGCGGCGCCGCCUGCGGAGGAAACUGACGCGGGCUUGGUGGGAGCGGCAGCGCCACACAGCGCGGAGGCGGCGGCGGAGCAGGAAGCACAUGAAGGGCAGGCAAUGGCAGUGGCGCCGCCGCCGCCGCCAGCAGCACUGGAUGCUGUCAACGCAGCAGCGGAUGAGGACAUGGACUUAUUGGAAUUGGUUCCGGGCGAGCCGGUGGGAGACGGCGUUGGCGCGGGGGACGUGGGCAUGCCGCUCAUGGCCCCACAACCCCACGGGCCCGCUGGCGCACCCACAGCUUCCGCACCCCUUUCCGCCGUGACUGUGCCAACGGCCAGCGCACAGCCCCCACAGCAGCCGCAGCCUCCACUGCAACGGCAGGCUUCGGCUGGCCGCCCCGCUUUUGCACACGCCCCGAGCGCCCGCGCCACUGCCGCUGAUGGCGGUGGCUCUCUUAACCCCUCCCUGAGCCAGCGACCCAACAUGGAUCUGGAUGAUCCCGCUCGCUCGCUCAUUCUUGGCUCGCUUCUCUCAAUGCGUGGCCAGGGCACGCCUGGCAAUGGCCCCCUGGAGCUGUUGUCGUCAUCCUUCGGCGGGCCUGAGGGGGAGGAGGCGCUCGCCAAUGUGUUGCUGCCGCGCCUGAUGGACAGCGGUUCCAACCCCAACACCGAGACGGGCAUGCUCGGCCGCGCCGGCUCCAAGCGCGGCGUCGCCACUGGACUGUCAGCCUCCCGACGCGGCACCGCCACCAGCAUCCCCUCACGACACGGCUCCGCCACCGGCCUUGCGCUGGACGGCAGUGGUGCCAUCGCCGGAGUCGAGCAGCAGCAACAGCAUGAGCAGGACGGCGAGGAUGACAGCGAUCUGGGCUCCGCCGUCGGCGACGAAGCGCGCGUUGUGAUCAUCCGCGUCAGUCUGUGGCGCGCCGACUUUUUGUCGCCGGUGCUCGAGGUCGACAACAACAUGAACGUCCUGGGCCUGGUGGGAGAGGAGCUGUCGCCGCCGGGCCUGUUGCUGGGCGGCUCCACGCCUGCGCUGAUGGGGCAGCGGCUGCCGGACCUGCUGCACCUGCAGGAGCGGCACGCGUCGGGGCUUUUCCAGGACCCCGCGGCUGCGGGCCGGCGCGGCGGACUCAAGAGCGCUGCCAGGGAGGGCAGCCGAGUGGGCGCGCUGCGGGAGGUCACGGCCCGGCACUGGGACGGCGACCCGGUGUCUCUGUCGCUGCAGGCGGUGGUAAAGGAGGGCGGGCCGGGCCGCACACUGGUGGUGCUGAAGCCGCGCGUGCCGCACUUCGGCAGCCGCACAGCGCUGCUCCGGACCGUCUCUGACCUAACCGUGGCGCUCAAGCAGCAACAGGACGAGCUGCGCGAGAUGCUGCAGCAUCAGGAGGCGGAGCAAGAGGCGGCGGCCGCCACCGCGGCGGCGCGAGACAGCAACUCAAGCGACGUACGUGACGUGGCGCUACUGCGGCGCAGCAGCGACGGCAGCGGGGCGCAGCACGACCCCUUGCUCGCCGGCACCAGUCGGCACCGCCGCAGCAAGCGCGAUGAUGCCAACGCAGCGGGAGGAGGAGGUACCGGCGGCGCAGCCGCCGGCGUGCGCGCGGGCAGGGCGGGCAGCAAUCGUAGCAGCGGUAGCGGCAGUAGCAGCAGCGCAGCCAACGCCGGGCCCUUUGCCCCAGCAGGACAGCAGCCGGUCAAGCCUUCGUAUGGAAGCCUCACCAACCAGCAGCAGCCGCUGCCGCCGGCGCCCCGGCCCGUGUCAGUGUCUGCGCUCUCCAAGGCCCCGCUGUCCGCGCUCUCGCCUUCUGCUUCAGCUGCCGCGCUUGCCAACACUGGGGGCAGUAGCCACUUCACAUUCGAUGCGGUUGGGGGCGUGCCGCCGGCGGGUGCUGCAGCCCGUGUCUCCAUCACGGCUAUGUGGGAAGCUACGGCCUAUGCACCGCCCAGCAGCAAGAGCAGCGAUAGUGACAGUUUCAUGGACGAAGCCGCCGCGACGCCCAUCAUGUCGCCCAUGGUUGCUGUGUCGCCUUUGGCGCCUGGCAAGCGCUCGUACUUGGAGUCACCACCGCCGUUGGCCGCCGGCGGCAGGAGCGACGGCAGGUUUGGGGCCGGCGGCGGCGAGAUGCAGACGCACGAGGGUGGCGGCGGGGGCGGCGCUGACGGCGACGGCAUCGACGACAACGCAAGUGACGUCUCCGGCGUCAGCGGCAUGUCUGAGGUCAUUGACUCCGCCAGCCAUAUCGCGGACUACCGGCGCGGCAAGCGCUACAAGAAGUUGCUCAAAGUGUUGGAGUCGCCUGCGGUGCAGCGCGCCGCUCGUGACUUUACUUGGCAGGCGCUGCUAGCCAACGUGGCGCAGCUGCUCGCGAACGCGCUGGCGUUUGUGUUGAUGACGGUGUUGAUGGCGCAGCAGGCGGCCAACGUGCAGAACUUGCACUCCGCGUCGGCGCUGAACCGGCGGAUGCACGAGGCCUUCGUGGUCAUGCAGAAAUUGAACAACAUCUACGAGGGCUUGUUCCCUGUGGCGGGCUACUACACCAACACGUCCGUUGACAGCCUCAGCGACAACCUCAAGACUGUCAUCGGCGAAUUCGCAGCCCUCAACACCGACAUAUACAGCGGCGUGGGCAGCAAUGCCCGACCCGACCCGACAGCUCCCUAUGACCCAGACAACAUUCAGGACAUUUGGAACAAGCCGAUUCAUCUCGAGACUGUCUUCUACACGAACUAUGACGCCAACAACCUGACCACGCACAACAUAACCUUCCGCAACUCGACGCUUUGGGACCUGGCUAACGCCUACAUCGAGCGCGCCAGCGAGGUCCAGCACAUGCACCCAACGUGGGGCCCUGUGCACGGCACUCUGGGAGACUGGGACGCCUACAAAUGGGUGGUCACGAACGGCCUCCUGCCGUUGUACGAAGGCAUGAGCGACGCGCUUCUGCGCAUGACCCAGACCGCCAUCAGCCAGGCCGAGGGCGUCAACCGGCUGCAGCUGGUCCUGCUCAUCCUGCAGGGCGGCGUCAUCUGCGCGCUGCUGCUGGUGUACAUGUGGUGGCUGCAGCGCCGCGUGUCGCAGCAGCGGUACAACCUGUACUCGCUCUUCAUGCUUGUGCCGGUGGGCCUACUGCGCGCGCUCGCGUCCAAGUCCGUGACUGUCGCGGACAACAGCGACGGCGAGGCCAGCUCAGAUGACGAGGAGGAGAAGCAGCAGCAGGAGAACAUGCAGCAGCACGCGCAGCUGCAGCAGCAGGACCGAAUGAUGGGGGCUGGCGAGGAUGGAGGCGGCGGCGGCGGCAAGGGAGCAGCCUUCAACAACACAAUCAACCUGCUCAGCAUGCGCGGCCGCGAAGCAAGCGCCACCAGCGCAGGCGGGCUAUGGCACAGAUUCAAGGGGAUGCUGGGUGGGCCCAACAAGGUCGCACCCGCCGCGGCCGAGGACAAGAAGGCUGUCGGCAGGCGCGGCGGCGGCCGCAGGGACCGCGACAAGUCCAACAACACCCACCAGCCCAAGCGGCGUCACCUGGUGCCCUCCAACCACGAUUCCAUCUCGCUGCUGGCCCCGUUCGUGGUGUGGGGCGUGGUUAUCUGCAUCCUCUACACCGUGGGCUUCGUGGUGCUUCGUGACGUGCGUGGUCCCAUGUCACUCAUCAGCACACACAACAUCGCGGUGGUCCGCAUGCACCGAAUUGUCUACUACGCCAUGCACUUGGCCAGUCAGGACAACGACACAGCCAAGGACAUGCUGCAGCCGGUGCUGGCGGCGGAGCUGCAGGCGCUGGAGCGCGAGUGGGGCGUGGUGUUGUACGGCGCCAACGCAACGUUGCGUGCCGACCGGCGCUUCCGGUUGUCGUACAAGAACACGGCGUUCAACGACGCGCGGCUCAGCUUCUUGCAGUUCCGAUUGAAUAAGUGCCUGGAGCAGGAGCUGGCGAGCAGCCUGGGCUCGGAGACAAUAGGCAGCAUCUGUCUAACCCCGAACUCGUCCUUCUACGCGGCCACCACUCAUGGUGUGGGCUUCAUGAUGGACCGAUUCAUGGAGGAUGGCUGGUACCUGUCGCGCCUGCCGCCAGCCGACAUCAACAUAAACUCCACCCACCUGCAGUACAUGGUGGCGGAGGGACAGGGCAAUGUGGAGCUGGGCAUCGACACGGUGGCCGACUCGCUCCAGGCCGCGGUGCAGGGCGCCUUCAAGCGUGUGGAGCUGCUGCAGGUCUUCAGCCUGGUGGUCAGCUGGCUGCUGGCAGCGGUCUUCAUCUUCCUGCAGCUGCGGCCCUUCGUGGAGUCGAACCGGGUGGAGACACAGCGCAUUGCGCGAAUGUUGUCGGAGCUGCCACCAGACGUCGACAUUGAGGGCCUGGUGUCCAAGGUGCUACUUGCAACUGGCAACGCCGGGCGUGGCGGCGCCGCCGCGGCGGCCGUGGCUGCUGCGAACGCAGCUGCGGCUGCCGCGGCAGCCGGGGUUGACGCUGGUGCCAACGCGGCGGCGCGUGGAGCAUCGCAGUCGCCAUUGACACCGCCGGGUGGCGGCGCCGUCAGUGCGGCCAUGGUGUUGCGGUCAAUCUGGGGGCCCAGCUCUCCACCUGCUGCUGGUGCGGCUCCGGCGGCCGUUGCAGCUGGCGCGAACGACGGCAGCGUACGGCGGGGAAAGGCCGGCGGCAGCGCAAGGCCCUGAGCUGUUGGCGCGGCGCAACGGGCGUGGGGCGCUGCUGCGCGGUCCGGCAGCCAGCCGGCAUGUGUGUGUUACGUAGCGUAAUGGUUGGACACACUGCACGUGUGCAGAGGGGAUGGCGGGCAGCUUUGGGGGGUGUUGUUUUGUACUGUUGCAAUUCAUGGAACAGCAGGACCCAGCCACAUACGGCCGCGUGCGCAGCAUUCACGUUUUGAUACAUCUUGGGAAAGGGGUUGCUAAAGCCGGCAGCGAGGCCAACAGCGGAUGGCGGGGUCUGGUGGGGCUUGCGCGGAAGGCAGUAUGAGCGGGUGUGCAAGGAAGCGAGCGGUGAGUAAGAACGAGUUUACCGUACUGAUCUACUCAAACCAUCGACUGAUACUGUCAGUUUCUUUCUCGUGCUCUAGGAGAGUUUCACGGGCAGGGGAUUUGGAGCGGAAGCUGUGAUUAAUGCCACCGAUACGGAAUACGGCACCUGACUUCAAAGACUUGGGUGUGUAUCUUGGGGUGAAGCUGCAAACUGUCCGCGGGCUGCAGUACAUUAUCCUGUGAGUAUGAUGCGAUGAGCUGUGGAGAAUUUUGCCUGAUUGGAGCGGAUAUACUUAUAUACCGGUUGAGGAAGAGGUGGCGGUGCGUGCUCAAGAGUCACCACACAUUUUGCGUUCCAGGCUGGGAGGCAGGCGUUGCGUGACAGUGGGGCAAUUUGCAUAGUGUCACUGCGUCGCCCUGUGUCACGCCCAUCUGCCGGCUUAGAGCUAGCUCGUCACCUCUUCCUCAGCUGCGCUACUAGGGUAUGGGAAAAACUGGAUAGUAACUGCGCGGGGGCCGUGAGGAGGUUGUAUGGACUGACUUGGGGCACUCGGAGCUGGCUUCAUUCCUCGGCCGGAAUUGAAUUAGCACAAGAUCGCUGCAAGUGCAACAAGCGAUCGGUCAUUGUUAUCGUUGUCAUUGCAUUGAGGUUAUCAGUGAAUGCAUGUCAUGCUUGACUGUGAGCGGGAGCAAUCUCCAUGAGCCACGUGGGCGGCGGCCACCGGAGCACGGAGAGGAUUGGAUACGAGCGCCGGGGACGGAGGGAUCGAGUACGAGUGGUUUGCACAAGGGGCGAGUGCAUGGGUGAGUGCUUUAGACGUUGAUUGCCAUGCACAUCGCAGCCGGCUGGGGCCCGGGCAUAUGGAUCCACACAGUUCCCACCUGAUGAAAUGCCAUGAUAGGGUGUCCGAUUGCGUUGUUAGGCAGGGGUGCUGUCGUUUUUGGGCUGAGCCGAGCCGUAUUUGGGCUGAGCUGAGCCGUUUUUGCGGCUGGGACGAGCCCAUUUGUAAAGAGGAGGCCGU